AUGGAACAGAACAAUGGGAGUUCUUUCACUGGAUUUAUCCUACUAGGGUUCUCUGACAGGCCUCAACUGGAGUUCAUCCUUUUUGUGGUUCUUGUAAUACUUUAUAUCUUCACUGUGCUCGGGAACACCACCAUCAUUACAUUGUCCUACCUGGACCCAAAUCUCCACACCCCAAUGUACUUUUUCCUCUCGAAUUUAAGCUUUUUAGACUUGUGUUAUACUACCAGCUCUGUCCCUCAGUUUCUAUAUAAUCUCAGUGGACCUGAUAAAUCUAUCUCCUAUGCUGGUUGUGUGGCUCAGCUGUUCAUCUUUAUAGGGUUGGGAUGCACAGAAUGCAUACUCUUAGGGGUCAUGGCAUUUGACCGCUAUGUCGCUGUGUGUAGGCCUCUCCAGUACACUGUCAUCAUGCAUUCUCGUCUGUGUGCCCUGAUGGCUUCUGCUUCAUGGUUCUCUGGUUUUACCAACUCCUUGGUGCAGACGGUGCUCAUAUUCCAUUUACCAGUAUGUGGGAGGAACAAAAUAGACAAUUUUCUUUGUGAGAUUCCUGCACUGGUCAAGAUCGCCUGCAUCGACACCAGUAGCACAGAUUCUGAAAUAUUCUUUGCCAGUGUUAUUAUUGUUCUCAUCCCUUUUUUAUUGAUCAUCUUCUCCUAUGGUCAGAUCGUGAGGGCCAUCUUAAGAAUUAAGUCUGCAGCGGGAAAGCGCAAAGCCUUUGGGACCUGUGGCUCCCACUUCAUCGUGGUCUCCCUCUUUUAUGGCACAGCCAUCUACGCCUACCUCCAGCCCAGCAACAGCUAUUCUCAGGAUAAGGGCAAGUUCACGUCUCUCCUUUAUGGCAUUUUUAUCCCCAUGAUGAACCCCGUCAUCUAUACACUGCGGAACAAGGAUGUGAAGGGAGCAAUGACAAAAACCCUUCAGAAGGUUCAUCUCUUGAUGUGUGUAUGA